AUGGGUCCGGAGCCGGAGGCCUCCACUCCGCCACGACCCGAAGCUGCCCCCGAGGAGGAGGCCGCCAAAGCCGCUGCAGCGAUGGAAACAGCGGCAGCAGCUUCAGACGAUGAGGCCGGGCCCUCACCAGCUGAGCCAGCAGCUGAGGGGGCCGCUGCCAUGGCGAAAGCUACAGCGCCAGAGGUAGCAGAGGUGGCGGCACCGGAGGCAGCGGAAGCGGCGGAGGCGACGGAACCAGGGGUCGCCGAGGUUGCCAGCAGCUCCGCACCACUGGCGGAGUGGGAGAAGCUGGAGGCCGAGCGCCACCGUCUCUCCGACUGGGAGGUCCGUCUGGGCAACCGCAUCAACUCCGUCUCCGCCCGCUACGCCGAGGAGCGCGCCAAGCUCGUGCAGGGGCGCGAGCUUCUGCAGGAAGAGCUGGAGCAAGCUCGCAUCCGGGAGGCGGCGGCGCUCCAACGGGAGAAGGAGGCCGCGCGGCGGGAAGCGGAAGCCCUUAAGGGGCUGAUCGCCGUGGAGGAGAGGAUGGAGGCGGUAGCGGACAGGGAGCGGACCGUCCGAGAGCUGGCGGCCGAAGUCAGGAGGGCGUAA